CCCGGAUAUAGGGCGACGCCAUCUUUACGUAAGCGCUACCGGUUGGGUGUGCGAAGCCAGUGACUGAGCUGUAGCCGAGACGCAACCGAGCACCUUCGACCAGCCAGGCUUGUCGCUGUCCUCUUCACCAGAUCCACCGAAAAUGUCGGGCGCCAUGAGCAGGGAAGACCACGUAUUCCGGGCUAAACUUGCCGAGCAAGCGGAGCGAUAUGACGAAAUGGUGGAGUCUAUGAAAGAUGUGGCCCAGUGUGGCAUCGAACUCACCGUGGAGGAGCGGAACCUGUUGUCAGUGGCCUACAAGAAUGUGAUCGGAGCCAGAAGAGCAUCCUGGAGGAUCAUCAGCAGCAUGGAGAACAAGGACGACGGUGCCAACGCCGCCAAGAGCACAAUGCUUAAAGAAUACAAGAAGAGGGUGGAGACAGAGCUGAAUGAUAUCUGCAACGAAAUCCUGUGCGUUCUGAAAAACAACCUGAUCCCAAACGCAAAGCAGGGAGAGUCCAAAGUUUUCUACUAUAAAAUGAUGGGAGACUACUACCGGUACCUCGCCGAGUUCACCACAGAUGCGGAGAAGAAGGACGUCAGCGAUAAGAGUUUGGCGGCGUACAAACAAGCGCUAGAAACCGCUGGCGAGGAGCUUCCGUCAACGCACCCGAUCCGCCUGGGACUGGCCCUUAACUUCUCCGUCUUCUACUAUGAAAUUCUCAACACUCCUGAAGAGGCCUGCAAGCUGGCAAAGACGGCGUUUGACGACGCCAUUGCCGAGCUUGACCAGCUGAACGAGGAAAGCUACAAGGAUUCUACUCUGAUCAUGCAGCUGUUGCGUGACAACCUCACGCUCUGGACCUCAGACAUGCAGGCAGGAGAUGAUUAAGAUCUUCAUUUUUUCAUCACCCCCCCCAUCAUGCAGCCGUUCUUUGUCAGGAGCAGACCACAGACGUGGCACAAGAAGCAGUAGAUCCCCAGUGAGACGGAUCCACAUGUGUCCACUCAGUCCGGAUCCAGCUCCGUCUCUGUUUAAUCUGGAUAUAAACUGCAGCCCACUGUCUGUCCUCUUCUUUCUUCACCCCCUCGCCCCCAUCACCUCCUGUCCCUUCCAGGCCCGACUGGGUCUCGGUCCAUCACGCAGAGGGACAUGCGUUCCCCUCCCUCCCCCAUUCCCGAGCCAGUUCCUGCUUCCAGAUCAUGUCUUUGUUUGCUCUCUCGUUGUAACACACCUGUACAAGAAAAUAUUUAAAAGCUGUGCGUCCACGAACGUCAAAGCCUCACUCGGGUUUGGAUGAGAACAGCUGGCGUGUAGCGGGCGGGUCGAAAAGGGAGUCGCUUGGUGACCUAAGUGCCCUCUUCGUAGUUACCAACUCGCAUGCAUCAAGUCGUUUUGAACGGACACAAAUCCAAACGUCUCAUAUCUGCACUCGCCCGGCACCGGCUAGCCGUCGUACCUCGCUAACGUAAGAUAACACGCGGCUCCACGGGCCUCAGGGAGGCGCUCCACACUCUUGAUUGUACUGUGAUGCAGCGAUCACUCUCUGACACUCUUUUGGAGGAACGGUUUGGGAAACCGCUGUACCUUUUGUCUCUGGGCUGUUGGGAUUCUUUGUCUCCUCUUCCUUUCCUCCUCCUGGGUCUUCUCUGUAUCUCCAGUCUAAUUUGUACUCAUUGAUAUUCUGGCCAGAGUCGCCAACGUGUGUCUUCUUACUGAAACAUGGCAUGGAAACAAAAUAAACUUGGAUCUGAAAAAGAA